UCGUCUCGGUAAAUAGGUGGGUCUUCCAAGGUGACGAUUUGGGGAAAAAUGUCGCUCGCAGAAGUCACUUCUUCAACUAUGUUACACAAGUAAGCGCUAAAUAAUCGCAUGCAUACUUGAUACGUCCAAAAGGAAUCUUCCAAGCAGUCCAAACGUUCGAAACAAUCUCUUCCUCUUGCCAGUCUUUUGUUUAUGUUAUCCACGUGAGAAAUAUAAAAGAUAAAACGUAGUCGAAAGCAGUUCCGAUAUCCUACAAGAUACAUGGAAGUAUUGAGAAGAAGCCGAAUUAGGAAUUAGGAAUCGAUAUCUAAGUUCUAAUUACUUGCGAAGAGGAUACGCAUUUCAGCUACACUUAACCUGAUAAUUGUAUAUUCGACAUCCGAAGUGAAACGUAAUUACAUUCGUACUUCCUAUUCUUCGUACGUCCGACGAUACGCUCUACAUGGAUAGUACAAAUCUGAGAGCAUUGAAGAAAUUAGGAUAUGAAAACGUUUUCCUUUUUAAUCUUAUAUUUGAGUGGUAAAUCGAUCAAUGCUGUGCUUAUGGAAUGGUAACACAUUUUGGAGAUUUUAUGAUGGCGACAAGAGUAUUUCUAUUAGUAAGUGGGCCAUUAGGUCUCUUGACUCUAGCUAUCAUGAAGGAGUUUUACGUUACAUAUCGUUCGUACACGCAACGAAAGAAGCCGACGAUGCUCACGAAUUUAUUAGAAAUCUUCCAAGUGAUAUGAAACUCAAGUUGGUGGUAGAGGCACCUAAUUACCCGGUGUAUGGAAACAACUUGUUGCUACUGGUAGGGCGUUGCUGUAGCAACCACUUACUUCAAUAUCGGAUUUUAAUAAACGAGUAGAGUGGUUCAAGAAGCAGUUGGAAAAUCUAACAAAAGAAUGAGCAUUGUUAGCGACUGCUCGUAGAUUAAAAAUCUCUUAAAUCUUCCGAUCGUGAUGUACCGCAAGGUGAUGUUGCUAUAGAGGUUGGUAUGAUAAUGGAUAAUCGGUUUUUCCUUUGCUUGAUUGAUAUAUUCAUGUAUUGGUAACUAGAUCAGAUUAUAAUUU